AUGGAGUAUGACCCGGCCUCGCCAACGGACGAAUUAGAUGAAUGUCCGUCGUCACUUGAACUGUCAACAAUCCCAUUACCAAGACCCAAUAACGUGGCUGUAUCAAAGGAUGACAGCGAUGUCUGUAAUAUCCCAUUACCUCCCGCCUCCAAGAAUGUCAAUACAGAAAUAUCAACUCAUACUGGUUUACCCUCAACAGCACCGAAAUUCGAAUCAGUAGAAACACAAGGACCAUUGAAAUUCACCAUGCGAGUGUCUGCUAAAUCCCUUUCUGGUUCAGAAGUGCCUGCUGAAUCUCCAGGCAUUUUCGAAUCAUCCAAAGAUGUGAAAACUGAAGAGCCGAAAGCUUUGCCUAAACUUCAAGCAAUGAUGAAAAGAUCGAAACCGUUUCAACUCCCUGUUGGUGUUUUACCCCCUAAAAAUAAACUUCCGGUUACUGAAGUGAAAACUGACUUGUUCCUACCAACUAAGGAGAAUGAAACAUUGGGUGCGGCUUCAGAUAACUCGAAAAUUGUCCAGCAACCGGUUCAUGCCACAAAUGAAUCCUUUGAUAAUCAGCCUGCGAGUUCAGUAGGCAUUAGCGGACAAUUAGCUGCUACAUGUGCAGUGGACAAGUCGUUAAUACCGACAAAUAAUGUUGGAAUUAAAGCUACGCUUCCUACUGCGAAUAUGCUUGCGAAGACCCCUCCUAUUCCGAACCUUAUGAGCCUUAAUAUUCAACCAAUUCACCACCCCGUCCCGAUAGUUGCGACCCGUAAUCUGAUUCAUGCGCAUGCGACCGACCCUACUCUUGUUCAGGCGUCGAUACCCCCUACUGCAGGAAUGCAGUUUGUUAAUCCUCAGAAAUUUCGGUCCGCGCAAAUGAUUGCUACUCCAUUGAUAGCUAAUCCGGCUGUAGCAAAUCAGUCACAGCAAAGCGAUGAGACACCGAAAGGGAAAAAUGGACGCCGGCGAUUAAGUUCGCAUUCACGUAAGCACUCUAGGUCUCACAGGAGGUCUCGUUCUAGGAGGUCUAGUGAACAUCGUCGUCUACGGCGUCGCCGUUCGUCUAAUUCAUCAAAGUCAGUCCAUCGCUCCAGUCGUACUAGACAUAGGUCGCGGUCCCAUCAGAAUUCCAGAGAGCGUCGCCGUUCGUCUACAGAGCGUAGUCAUUCGAGAUCUUCAGGAAAGCGUGAUAGCGGACAGAAAAGGUCAGUUAUUGUUGAGAAAAUGACAAAACGAGAACUGAGCAAAAAGAAAGUUAUUAGGUCUCGCCCAGAAGUGAAUCAUAAAGAAUCCCAUAGCACAGAAGUGAAACGCUCCCGACAUCACUCAAAUUCUCCUGACAGGAAAAAGAGAGAGUUUGAAAAAGAUGGUCAUCUACCUAGUGUCAAGAAAGUUAAAAGCUGUUCCAAAGAUAACCAGACUAAUGAUCGAAGGUUGACGGUGAAGGAGAAUUCUGACAUAAAACGGGAGGAAGUUGAUGGAGUGCAAUACGUUCAGAUGCAAAAGUUGACUUCAAGAGUGAGUGGAACACUUGCAGAUGUCUAUCGCAAAACUCAACCGAAACUGGGUUAUAGACGACCGUCAGAACAAAGUGAUAGCGAUGGUGAUUCCAUUGGUUCUAGUUCAUCUGACAGUGAGAAUCAGUCACCUGUUUCCAGGAAAAAUAAACCUACUAAACAAGAACUCCCCAGUGAUGAAAGCUCAUCUGAGUCUGGUUCUAGUCCAGAUGAGAGCAGACACUCUACCUGUGAACCUAAACAUCGUUCUAAGGAAGAUAUAAAACAAGAACUUAGAGAAUGUAAUAUCAAACCGCAGAAACAGACGUCGCACUCUCUUCAUUCUUCCAAAAGUGUGAAUAUAGAUGAAAUACCAUUACAACCAGCUAACAAUACACCCAACUAUUUGGAGGUUCAGUCGGUGGAUAGCGAUUGCAUGGAGUUGGAAUCGGAUGCGGAUUUGGAUACGAGCUAUUUAGAUAAUCCUACAGAUGGUAAUGCUGAGAACUGUCCAGUGAAUGAGUUAAUCGACACAGUCAAUGGUUUCCUUGAGUCUCUCGCUUCAGUUCGUGACUCAUUUUCGCAGACUUCAAGUGAAUCUGGUUCUAUCAACAAGAUGUCUUUCCAGCCUCUGGAAGAGCAGGAUCAAAAAUUAUGUGAAGGGGCUGACAGUGGCCAGUUACAAUAUAGUAGAGAUCUGUCUAUUUUAGACAUUCAGUGUUCUGAAAAUGUAGUUGAAUGCAUAAAACCUGCAUCACUAACAGUUGUCAGUGUGCAAAGCACUGAACCCUGUGAAUCGAAAUAUGAUCUACGGAAAAGGAAGAUUAAGUCCCAUGUCUCAACUAAUUCUUUCCUACCGAACACUCCCAAUCAGUAUGAAAGGUUAUCUGACUGUAGUAACCUGAGCAGUAUUUUCGCAGAUUAUCCUGAGGCACCUACUCCACAAUACACUCAUCUUUUAGACAAUGACUACAGUCUUUUGAACUCGGUUCAUUUAUCUGCAUAUAGUAAGCCAACUUAUCCAGGUAGUGGUAAACUUCUUGGGACGUCUGGACUGCGCGCCAGCUCACUACAUUAUGAAAUGAGGCAGUGGGUUUGUGACUGCAGCGCUCCUACUUCUGAAGAACUUGAACUAGGUAUACUUGCGUGCGGUCCAGGCUGCAUUAACCGAGCUUUAAACAUCGAAUGCGGUCCUCAUUGCGCAGCUGGUGACUUUUGCAGUAAUCGUCAGUUCCAAAUGCGACUUUAUGCGCCAACCAAACCUUUCUAUGCUGGUAAAGAUAAAGGCUGGGGGCUCAUGACCACAGAUAACAUUGAAAGAGGGUCAUUUAUUAUUGAAUACGUGGGGGAAGUGAUCGAUUUUUCUGAGUUUCGCCGUCGUAUUCGGCGAUAUGAACGUCUAGGACAUGCUCAUCAUUAUUUCAUGGCUUUGGAAUCAGACAGAUUUAUUGACGCUGGUAGUAAAGGGAACUGGGCAAGAUUUGUAAAUCACUCCUGUGAACCAAACUGUGUUACACAAAAGUGGAGUGUCGAUGGGGAAAUCCGUAUUGGCUUUUUUGCUAAAGAAGAUAUACCGGUCGGUCAAGAAGUAACUAUAGAUUAUCAGUUUGUUCAGUAUGGGGUCUCUGAACAGAAGUGUUAUUGUGGUACCCCAGCUUGCUCUGGUGUUAUGGGUGCAACCAGCAAACAUUUACAAGAAAAAGUCCGUCUGAAAGACACAACUGUAGUUGAAAGACGUAUUCUCCAGCUGCUGCAACUAGAAUCCUUCAGACACGCAGAAGAUAUAACUUUACUUCUACAAGUAAUGGUUCAGGAAUGUCUAACUAGAUAUACUCGACUACAACUUCUUAGUCGUCUUAUCAGCACAGAAGAGGACGCUUGUCUCAAACUCUUUCGCCAAUACAAUGGUCUUGAUAUGUUGGCUGCCUUUAUGUAUGAUGCAGAGCCAAAAGACUGGGAACUGAAAAAGCAAAUACUGCUUUGUUUGAAAAAUAUUCCCGUUUCUGAGCAAAAGCAAGUGCAGACGAAUUCACGCCUUAUGGAAAUAGUUGAGCAGUGGACUUCUAAUCCUCAACAUUGUCGACCACGCUGCAUUCUCCAGGAAUCUUGCAAAAGUGCUGAUGCUGAUGAAACAGGUUUUCCUUUAGUUAGAUUGUCCACUGACGAAAUACAUGCUUAUCCGAAUUUCAACUCUGAUGAGACAAAGUCAGCCUCAAAAAGUGCAAAGAACAACGAAACAUGUUCUGUAUAUACAUACGACAAAAACAGUCUCUGUGAGCCUUCGCCUUCUACUCCUGGUUCUUUUAGUUCCUCUGGGAAAGAUAAUCCUUGUGUAUCACGUACAUCAACACUUCCAGUGUACACAGACGAAUGUCGCAUUUUCGACAUUCAAGCUCAAGCUUCCGAUUGUGGUUCUAUUCCUGAUACACUUGCGGACGAUACUCUGGAAAUUGAUUCUAUUUCCACCACUGACAAUAAUGAGUUGGAUACCUCUUUUGAAUUAUGUGAAGGUAAAUCGGAUAAAGAAUGGAUAGAUGAGAUCAAGGCUCUGGCGUGCGAACUCCUUGAAAAAUGGUCCCAAUUACCUAAGGAGAAUUACCGGAUACCUCGACUAGAGCGCCAGGAAACUGAGAAAAUACUGCAUAUAUCACAUCCAGUUGGUUCAACUCUCAUAUCUUGGGGAUCUGAAUACAAAGAUGACCAAACCAUUCCAAAUAAAUCGUGGAUUCAACAUAAUACAAAUAGAUAUCAGUCAAAUAAAAUCCUGCGUGAAAAUUUGGAGUCAUCUGUUGGACACCAAAUUGAAUUAAAUUCUUCAAAUAACUUAUCACUUCUAACCAAAGCUGAAAGACGUAUGCUUUUCGAAGCUCAAGUUACAGCUCGUGAAAAACAUAGUGUGUCUGAAUAUUCUGCACCAACACCAAAUGAUUACAGUCAGUCAAAUCUUUCUGAUGACGAAAAAGAUAUAGAUCAUCUUCGACAGCUGUUAUUGUCUGCACUUUUGAGUGAAUGUGGUUGUAGAAAGACUUCACCGUCGAAUCUUCUAUGUAAUACAACCCAGAAGCUAAAAGGCAUGCCUGUUGUCUCAACUUUAUUGAAGGCUUUGCCUUCUAUGCUGAGUUUAUUGUCAACCUCCAAGGAUUCCGACUUAUUUACAUGUCUGUGUGAAGAACUGGAACGAUAUUCAGACAAUGAUUUGCACUCGUUACCCCCUGGAUGGAAAUCAGCUGCCGAUUCGAAUGGGCGACUGUAUUAUUACAAUAAGGAAACUAACAGCGUUCAAUGGAAUAAACCUUUGAUAAACGGAAAAUCAUGUCAAGAGAAAACCCUUCUUAGUGAAGAGGAAUAUAAACGUUUGAAAAAACAAUUUACUAAUAAGGUAGGAAAUUACAUUAUGCGACUUCUGAAGCCUUAUCGACUACCCAAUUGUUUAACUGGUCGCAUAGAUUCAAAAGAAGAUUUUCUUCACGUAACGAAGAAGUUGACCUAUUGCUUUGUUUCAAAGGAGUUAAAACGUUCAAACAUCGGAUGUCCUCCAAUGUUCUCUCUACCCCUUCAGCAACAUAUACGUUCGACUGUUACGCGAUACAUGACUUCGCGUGGACCUGUGUACAAACGUAAAGUCAAAAUCAGUGAUGAAAGUUGA